AUGAAUUAUAAUAACAAUAAUCGAAUGCAACCACGUCGUGGUUAUACGAAUGGGAAUAAUGACUAUUUUUAUCGCAAUCAAAAUCGAAACUUCAACAAUCCAAAUGGCAAUUUCAAUCGAAAUUAUCGUCGAAAUACUUAUUACAAUCGUCAAAGAUAUAAUAAUAAUAUCAAUGAUGGUUAUGAUAAUGGUGGAUAUGAUUUUGUUAGUCGACCACCAAGAAUGUUCAAUGGCAAUUCCAGAAAUAGCUCUGUACCAAGACAACAAAGAAAAAAUCGACCAAGACAAAUAAGAUUAAAUGAUUUUAUGCCAGCAGGAAUACGUGAUGCAUCACCAAAUGCUCAAAAUCUUCCUGAAGAUUUCAAUUUAUUGAAUUCUGAUCCAGAAACUACUUCGAGACCUGUCACACCAGUGAAUGCAUUGCCACAACGUCAAAAUUUUACAACAAUGCCAAAUAAUACAACUCAACCAUUUAUUGUGAAUAAUGGAAAUCAAAAACAACAGCAGCAACAGCGACAAAAUGGUCAACAAAAUCGAAAAGGCCAAUCGACAACAUCAUCAUAUAGACGCCGCCAACGUCGCAAUCGCCAACAGCAAGAUCGAAAUAGGAUGUACAAUAAUAAUCGAUUUGCUGUAUUCAAUCAACAAGAUGAUCUUACUGAUAUGGAAUCAAACUAUGGCGAUCAAAAUGAUAAUGCUGCUGUUACAGUACCAUUAAAUAAUAAUUCGAAACAAAAUACAAUGAAAAAGAAGAAACAACGACUUUAUCUAGAACCUGAACGAAUCAUGCGACAUAUGCAAGACAAAUCAUCAAUAACUAUCAGUGGCCGUGGUAAUCAAGCUUAUGUCUUAGCUACAAUUUCGAUCUACGAUGAAUGGAUUCGAUACAAUUAUGAAUUACAAGUUUGGCAAGUUUACUUGAACAUGGGCACAGAAAAUAAACAUUGGGCAAAAGAAGUCGUACAACGAACCAAAAAACGUGAUGAUGAGACUUGUACUCGAUUUGUUCAAAAGAAAAUCAAUCAAUUAUCAGUUAAAAUUGCUCAAGCAAGUGCAGCAAUUUCUAACAUGCAAAUUCAAUUAUCUACUUAUUGGAAUCAUACACUAGUUGGCACUGCGCCAACUACCACAUCAUCAUCAACGUCAACGACUAACAAUAAUCGUGCUCGUGAUAAUGUCGAUCGACUGGAAAGAUCGAUAUUGAAUUAUCUCCAACAUUGUACACAACAUGUCAAAAAAAUGGCUGAAACCAAAAUUAAAUUGGCUAGAGCACAAAUGGAAGAAUUCAAAGCUUUAGAAGAUUUCGAACAAAUAGCGACACCUCUGCAGUGGAAUAUUCAUCUGGCAAUGAAACCCAAAAUGAAAACAUGGUCUACAAAGAAUAAAAAUUAUCGUACUGCUGUAAAACGUGUUGAAUAUGAUCUACCACCAAAGUUUAUCUCAAAAGUCGAUUUUUCAUUCAAACUUGAUGAGUCAAUCCUAAGUCAAGAAGAAGCACAAGGUUUAUAUAAUCAAAUGCGUCAAUUAACAAAAGAAUUUCGUACACAAGCAAUGACUCUCUAUGUUCAAACAUGUACUCGAGAACACGAAUUAUUAACAAAUCAAAUAACACAAAUUAUGAAUGGUUUUCCACAAGAAAAUGAUGAUGGAUUCGAUUGUGAACCUGGUUUUGCAGCAUUCAAGCACUACAAUGAAUUACGUGAAAAGCGUUUCAACUUAGAAGCUGAUCAGUCGAUCUAUUUUUUAGACGAGCAGCGAGUCGAGGGCAGCGAAUCGAACAAUCAAGAAGAAAUUGUCACCGCCCCGACUCUAACUCGAUCGUUGGGCGAGGAUUUCUUGCUCCAACAGUAA